AUGCGAAUUCUCGGUGAAAGAACGCGCGCGGUGCUCAAGGAUAGCAGUCUACCAGCAUUUCUAUGGGCAGAGAUUAUGCGUGCAGUCGCAUUCCUCAGAAACUUGAUCCCUUACCACGGCAGGAAGGUUGAUGGCUCAAAAUCACCAUAUGAACUUCGAUACGGACGCAAGCCAGACCUAAGCUUCCUAAGCAUUCUAGGGAGUGAUGCCUACGUUGUUCGACACCAGGAAGAAAUCCGCAGGAAUCCUUUAGGCAGGCAUCUCGCUGAUAGAGCAUGGAUAGGCAAGCUGAUCGGAUACAGCAGCUAUCAUGGCGCUCUCUAUAGGAUCUUCCGCCCAUACCGUGAUGGCCGCCCUGGCGGUACAAUCCACGAAGUUCGAGAUGUUAUCAUCGAUGAAGGAAGCGACUUCGACCUCUACGCUAAUCCUGACCUCCCAGACCUCCAGCAAACCAAUACAGAUAACCCAACGAGGCAGAAAGUGGAGGCAGAACAAGCGUAUGAUACUGAGGCAAGCGCGGCUGAGAGCCAGGACGCUGCCGAAGACCAUGACACUACAUCAGACACCGAAUCAGAUACUGAAUCGAUCAAUUCAGAGGUUUCUGAUCAAUCAACCUCUGCUUCCUCUAUAGGCGAUGAGACCACCGCGGUAUACGCGACGAUAGCUCCAAAAGCUGUUCAAUACGCUACUACGCCGCGGGCAGACAGGCAGAGAAUCGAGAGCCUAGUCCUGGCUACUACGAUACAAAAAUCGCCGUCUAAAAAUCAACUCACUGCUGGAGCGGCCGUUGAGGACCUACCAGACCUCCCGCCGCUUCCGCUACUACAAUCGGUAGACCCAAAAUGGCUCGAAUCACCACAGACGCUCGCUGAAGCGCAGGCCUCGCCGUUGUGGCCUUGGUGGUGGAGAGCUAUGUGCGCUGAGAAGAAACAGCUAGAGAUCCUCUCUGUCUGGAAGGCUAUAAGACCACCGAAGAAUACCAAAAUUCUCUCUGGUAAAUGGGUCUUCAAGCUCAAAAUGAAUGCCUCUGGCGAGCCAGCCAGGUUCAAGGCACGUUGGGUGGCACGGGGAUUCAUGCAGGAAGAAGGCGUCGAUUACCACGAGACCUUCGCUGGCACUGGCAGAUAUGAGACCUUGCGCGUUCUGCUAGUAGCUAUACUGCUCCUACGCCUAUACACCGCACAUGUGGAUGUCAACCUGGCAUAUUUGAAUGCUGUGCUAAAGGAGCAAAUCUACGUAGAUUACCCACAUGGAUUCGAGGACGAGGCACCUGGCCAGGCCUGCCUUCUUCAACGCAGCCUAUACGGCCUCAAGCAGUCAGCAUAUAACUGGUAUUUGACGCUAGGAAAUCUCUUGAUCAAACGAGGGUUCCAGCGCUCUGCAGCAGAUCCUUGUCUAUACACCCUCCGCACCAAUCAGGGGGUGGCAUUCAUCUUCGUCUACGUCGACGAUAUGUUGAUCGCUGCGUCAUCUGAAGAUCUACUGAACCGCUGCAAGCGCUAUGUCUCUGCGCAGUGGUCGAUCACCGAUCUCGGACCAGUUUCACACUACCUCGGUCUCAAGAUUGAGCAUGACCGAGAGGGCGGUAGGCUGCGCAUCUCACAGCGCGCCUAUAUUGAAAAGAUUACCGCAGCUAUCGCCGGCGACGUCUCCCGGCAAACACCAAGCACGCCUAUAAGCGAAGAGCCUAGGGCGGCAGCAGAAGGCCACCAAGCGACCAAAUCGGCGAUCAAAACCUACCAAUCAGCAGUGGGUUCGUUAAUGCACGCCAUGAACGUCAGUCGACCUGACCUCGCAUACCCUCUAAGCGUUCUAUCCCGUUUUCUCACGAAUCCGACCGAUGAGCAUCUUCGAGAGGUCAAACGUGCAGCUGCAUACCUUUCUCACUCAAGCAACCUCGCCAUCGAGUACCGAAUCGAUUCAACUGAUAACACACGCCGUAGCCGAUCUGGGUAUAUCUUCUACCUAGCCGGUGGGCCAGUAGCGUGGGCAUCUCAGCAGCAGAAGUGCACUGCAAAGUCAUCCACUGAAGCUGAAUACCUUGCCUAUUCGGAAGCUGGAAGCGAGGCUAUCUGGCUACAGCGUCUCCUUCGCGACAUAGGCAUCCAGAAGGAUAAAGAACCGGUGACCCUCUACACAGAUAGCGAACCUGCUAUUGCCAUGACAGAGAACCGCAAGGCGCAUACAAAGUCACGCCACAUCGAAACACACUGGCAUUGGAUACGCGAACAGAUCCAGGAGAGAAAGAUCUCUCUGAGACAUACACCUGGCAGCACACUGGUGGCAGAUGGCCUUACCAAGGCAUUGACGAAGACUAAGCAUGCCGAAUUCAUCAAUCGGUUACGCUUCUACAGGCUAUGA